UUGUCCCUGAAUGAUGGUGGAUUGGUAAUAUUGUUGGGUUAAAAAACAUUGGAACAUCGGCGUGGACAUGUAUGUCUAUCGUACGGCUAUUUAUAACUGCAAAACCCUAACCCCCCUUUACCAACAUCGACCACGACUGAGAAACAGACAUAUUUCUAUAUAUAUACAUCAAUAGAGAGAGAGAGUUUUCGUGGAUUGCGUGUAUGGUGCCGGUUGAAACAGGAGAGAUGACAGAGAAGGAGCAUACCAGGAAACGCCGUCGUCUUGCCUGGGAUGUCCAUCCAUUCGACCAAACAGAGGCUGACGAUCGGCCGGGUAAUAAUCAGGUGUUGCGUCGGUAUAUUUCGCCGCUGAGGAGGGACGAUGAUCGUGAAGGCCACUACGUGUUUAGUCUUGGGGACAAUCUCACUCCAAGAUAUAAAAUUCUUAGCAAGAUGGGUGAAGGCACAUUUGGCCGAGUUUUGGAAUGUUGGGACCGUCACACACGAGAAUAUGUAGCAGUCAAGGUAGUUCGAAGUAUACGCAAAUACCGUGAAGCAGCAAUGGUUGAGAUUGAGGUACUUCAACAACUUGCUAAGAAUGAUGAAGGCGGAUCACGCUGUGUGCAAAUUCGAAAUUGGUUUGACUACCGUAAUCAUAUAUGCAUUGUGUUUGAGAAGCUUGGACCAAGUUUAUUUGAUUUUCUAAAGAGAAAUAAAUACUGCCCAUUACCUGUGGAUCUUGUUCGGGAAUUUGGACGUCAGCUUUUGGAGUCUGUAGCAUAUAUGCAUGAUUUAAGCUUAAUCCACACUGACCUGAAGCCAGAAAAUAUACUUCUUGUGUCUUCUGAGUAUGUAAAGCUUCCAGGCUGCAAGAGGAUCUCUUCAGAUGAAACACAUUUCAGGUGCUUGCCAAAGUCAAGUGCCAUUAAGCUGAUUGAUUUUGGUAGUACUGUAAAUGAUAAUCAGAACCAUAGCUCGAUUGUUUCCACAAGGCAUUACAGAGCACCUGAGGUUAUUCUAGGUCUAGGAUGGACUUAUCCGUGUGAUUUAUGGAGCAUUGGUUGCAUACUCGUUGAACUUUGCUCGGGUGAAGCAUUGUUUCAAACACAUGAAAACUUGGAGCAUUUGGCAAUGAUGGAGAGGGUUUUGGGACCUCUGCCAGCUCAUAUGGUUCGAAAUGCUAACCGUGGUGCUGAGAAGUAUUUCAGGCGAGGAUCACGACUGAACUGGCCUGAAGGAGCAGUCUCUAGGGAGAGUAUCAGAGCAGUGAAUAAGCUGGACCGACUGAAGAAACUGGUUUUGCAACACGUAGAGUGCUUCAGAGCCUCCUCCCUUAUUGACUUGUUGCAUGGUUUAUUGAAGUUUGAUCCAUCACGUCGCCUCACAGCCUGGCAAGCCCUUGAUCACCCUUUCUUUAAGAAUCCAUCAUGAGGAGAAUUACAAUAGGAAUAUAUGUAUAUAUAUAUAUAUAUAUGUUUCGCAAUGUUGGUCAUGUGGAAUGGAAUGCUGAAGAGCUGGUUCAGGCCAAGGAAGGGCUUUGCCUUACAAAUGUAAUUGUACAAAUGUUAGCUUCAAUGCAAUGCUUACAAUGUUUAUUCUUUGUUGUGAAGUAAUGUUUUGUGCAAAUAGAAAUAAGAUGCUGUGAAUCAAAAAUGUUGUAUGCUUUGCUUCA